AUGGAGGGCCCGCAGGCCCAGCUCCGCACCUGUGCCUCCUUUCUGGGCGGGAAGCAAGCUGAACCCUGGGUGGGUGGGGCUAGGGGCCCAUUCCUAGACAGCGGGGCGCGGAAGGAAUCUCACCGGGGGGCUGCCGUCCUUGGGGUCCCAGGACCCCCAGAGGAGCCAGACCUUCCCCGGCACCCUCCGGAGAGCCGUGGGUAUGCGACCCCAGACAGAGGGGCGGCUCCAGCACCUGAGCGGGAGCGGACCGUGGAUACGGCGCACACACAAAGGAGAGGGACCCGUGCUCCUGUGCGGGCAGAAGCCCACUGGAGCCUGGGGCGAGGGUGGAUACAGCCUGACGACCCUGCGCGCUUGCCCGGCCCGCGCCUCGGAGAAAAGAAGGGUGACCCCCCCCCCCAACUCCGGGCCGGCGCGCCCCCCGCCAACUCAGGCCCCCGGCCCCGGCCCCUGGCUCCUGGCGCCCAGCUUGGGCCCCUCAUUCUGUCCCUGCCCGGCGGCCCAGAGAGGAGGGACGAGGAGGCUUCCCGGCCCUCUGUGGUCCCCUGCUCAGAGCGGGGCGCCCGGGAUGUUGGGCUGCGCCCCUCCAAACCACCCCCCCACCCCGGCGGGAGAGGGCCGCCCAGCCCCGCGCUCCCACCUCGGACCCAGCUACUCACGCGGCUGACGCCCCUUCCUCCCCCCGGGCCGCGGCAGGUCUCGGGAGGUGGCGGAGAGAGGCGGCGGCCCGGCCCCCGGCUUCUUAGCAUAGAGCCGCGCCCAUUGGCCGGCGCCGGCGCCGGCUCCGCCCCGCACGAGCCCGUUGGCUGGGGCCGGAGCGAUUUCAAAAUAGCCUGCGGGCCCUGA